CGUAACCAGUGUUUUGAAAGAAGUGGUGUCAUUUGCAUUCAUUUAAUUUGCCCAAUUUUGUUGAGUCAUUUAAACCGUUUUGAAGUAGUCAUGGAUACAAGUUCACGUAGACUAAGUAGGCAGGUAGACCUCAAUUUGCUUUCCAAAGAUUUCACGACUUGGUACGGGAAACAUCAGGAUUUAGUUCUCCAGAACAAUACAUUAAGAGAGGAGAUUUUGACACUGACCAGCCAAGCUAAGCUGGAUAAGAAGACGGAGAAUACCUCACAAGUUGAGUUGAAUCAACUGCAUGAGAUUAUAUCUGGCCUUCAAGACAGUGUGACUAAGAAAUGCAAUCUAGAAGAUGAGAACAAGCAACUCAAGGAAACAAUUCAGAGACUUAAAGAGGACAUUGAUGCUGUGAAAGAGGAAGGUAAAGAAGCUAUUACUACAGUAGAGAGACAACUAGAAGAAGUCCACGCUGAACACACAUGCCAGAUAGAGGAAACCCAUCAACAGGCCGUUAUGCUAAAGGCAAAAGAGCUCACAGCUCUGGAGAAAGAAAUUCGAGUUAAGUCAGCUGAGAAUAAACAACUUAAGAAACAAUUUGCUGAAGCUGAGAAGGGUCACCAGACUGGGAUUGUCAAGUUGAGAUUGGAGUACGAUGCCAAACUGUUAAAACUACAGAGUGCCAACACAAGAACUAUUCAACGAAAUGAAAAACCGGUUUCUGUCGGCAGUCAUAUCUUCAGAGAGAAAAUGUUGAAUGCCCAGGCAGCUUCAGAAAGAGAGGUUGCUCAUCUAAAACAAACUGUCAAUGACUUAAAGAGAAAGCUUAGCCAACAUUCAUCAGCAACAGGUGGUAAACGUAAACUCUAACAAUCCAGCGCUUUAUUGUUAAUGAAAAUACUAACUAGUAUUGGAUUUUGUUAAAAGUAAGGAAUGAUCCUAGUAAACUAUUGAAACAAUGAUCGCUCUAUAUUCAGACACCCCUACAUGUAUGUCCCACUACAACCUGAUGAUUUAUAUGGUUGGGUUAGGGUUAGAGUGAGUAAAGUUUAAGAAACAUAGGCAUGAUGUCGAAACAAAGGCGGGACGUCGAAACAUAGGCAUGAUGUCUAAACAUAGGCGUGAUGUUGAAACAUAGGUAUGAUGUCCAAACAUAGGCGUGAUGUUGAAACAUCUAUAGGCAUGUCGAAACAUAGGCAUGAUGUCGAAACAUAGGCCUGAUGUUGAAACAUAGGUGUGAUGUUGAAACAUACAUGUACAUGUAGGGGUGCAGCCAUUCAUACACGUGUAGAGACUGUAUGGCUUUCUCAGGUGCGAGGUUUUCCCAAUGUCAGCCACAUACACAAUGGCAUACAUGUACAUUUGUUGACCCUGUAAUAUAUCGUGAACUUCUCUUUGUUCUCCCAAUGUUUUCAAUUAAAUUAUGGCUGGGUCAUCCACUUACUCAAUCAAUAUGACUCAUACUUCUCUUAAAACCCUCAGUCUCAAUAGGCAAAUCUGCUACCCACAAACAUACUCCAAUCAUAACCAGAGGUUGGUUUAGGAAAGGCACAAAGCAAUGUUUCCUGUUAAUUCACUAAACCACCUCGUGAUAGUUUCCUAGUUUGACUUGAUAUAACUACGCGACUACAAGAAAGAAAGAAGGUUGGUAGGAAAGGCACAAAGCAAUGUUUCCUGUUAAUUCACUAAACCACCUCGUGAUAGUUUCCUAGUUUGACUUGAUAUAACUACGUGACUACAAGAAAGAAAGAAGGUUGGUAGGAAAGGCACAAAGUAAUGUUUCCUGUUAAUUCACUAAACCACCUCGUGAUAGUUUCCUAGUUUGACUUGAUAUAACUACGUGACUACAAGAAAGAAAGAAGGUUGGUAGGAAAGGCACAAAGCAAUGUUUCCUGUUAAUUCACUAAACCACCUCAUGAUAGUUUCCUAGUUUGACUUGAUAUAACUACAAUGUACGUGACUACAAGAAAGAAAGAAGGUUGGUAGGAAAGGCACUUAAUGCAAUGUUUCCUGUUAAUUCACUAAACCAUCUCGUGAUAGUUUCCUAGUUUGACUUGAUAUAACUACGUGACUACAAGAAAGAAAGAAGGUUGGUAGGAAAGGCACAACGCAAUGUUUCCUGUUAAUUCACUAAACCAUCUUGUGAUAGUUUCCUAGUUUGACUUGAUAUAACUACGUGACUACAAGAAAGAAAGAAGGUUGGUAGGAAAGGCACAAUGCAAUGUUUCCUGUUAAAUCACUAAACCACCUCGUGAUAGUUUCCUAGUUUGACUUGAUAUAACUACGUGACUACAAGAAAGAAAGAAGGUUGGUAGGAAAGGCACAAUGCAAUGUUUCCUGUUAAUUCACUAAACCAUCUCGUGAUAGUUUCCUAGUUUGACUUGAUAUAACUACGUGACGUCAAGAAAGAAAGAAGGUUGGUAGGAAAGGCACAAUGCAAUGUUUCAUUUUAAUUCACUAAACCAUCUCGUGAUAGUUUCCUAGUUUGAACUGAUAUAACCACAAGAAAGAAAGAAGCUGAUUGUAGUAAUAAGUAAAGUAAAAUAAUAUAUUUUCAAUGGACAAUGGAAGAGAAAAUAUAAUUUACACCACACCAAAUUCUAGUCCAAUGUUUCAAUUAAAAAGUAAUCAAUAAAUUAUAUAGCUGAACACAGUUUUAUCCAAAAAUUAUUUUAAGCAAAUCUUUUAAGUCAAUCUUGUAAGUUAAUCUUUUUAGUUAUUUGCAAAUAUGAAAGAUUUACAUGUUGAUUUAAAAACAAAACAAAAAAAACACACAAAAAUUAUACAAAUGCUUAUUACAUAUACACGUAAUCAUUCUUUUUCUAAUUCUUCAAUAUUAAUUGAAAACAUUAGAAUAAGCUGUUACGAACUGCUUACAAAUCAAAAUGACCCAUGUUAUAAGUACUAAAGAUAGUUCUAAUGGCCUGACGUUUUGACCUAAAUGUUCAUUUAUUCUUAAUUAACCCAAACCUAUGACGCCAUCAUGCUAUUGUUAAAUCGCUCCAUUAUUCUGCACGAAUGGCGCGAUAGGUACAAUUAUAACACAUCUCUUGCUUGUUCUGUAUUCUGGUUGGCUGAAACACGAUCACGUGGGAUGAACUAAUAUAGGCUAGUGAU